AUGCGGGGCGGCGCGGUGCUGUGUGUGCUGCUGCUAUCGCUGGCCUGGCUGAGCCCGGCAUGGGGGGCUGAGGGUGGGGAGGAGGAUGGGGAAGUGGUGGGGGGGGAGGAGGAGGAGGAGGAUGAAGAGGAUGAGGUGCUCUCGGAUGAGCUGGAGGAGGAGGACGGCGUCCUGGUGCUCCAUGAGCACAACUUUGCUCGUGCCCUGCGUGAGCACCGGCUGCUGCUGGUGGAGUUCUACGCUCCGUGGUGCGGGCACUGCCGCCGUUUGGCCCCUGAGUUCGCCCGUGCGGCCGCAUUGCUGAGGAACGGAUCGGAGGCGGGACGGCUGGGCAAGGUGGAUGCCGUGGCACAGACAGCCCUGAGCGCCGAGUUCCACAUCGAUGCCUUCCCCACGCUCAAACUCUUCCGCGAUGGCAAUCGCACCCACCCCGUGGCAUACAGCGGCCGCAUGGAUGCUGAAGGCAUGGUGCUCUGGAUGCAGCGCCGGGCCGGGCCCAGCGCCACGCUGCUGCACGACGCCGCCACCGCAGCCGCCUUCAUCAGCGCGCAGGACGUCGCCGUGGUGGGCUUCUUCAAGGACCUGCAUGGCGAGGCAGCGCGGGCGUUCCACGAGGUGGCCGCAGAGAUGGAGGAUCUGGUGUUCGGUGUGACCAAGGAGGAUGAGCUGUUCGAGGUGUACGGGCUGUCAGCAGACACCGUCUGCCUCUUCAAGAAGUUUGAUGAGGGGCGGACAGAUUUCCCCGUGGAUCCGGAGCAGGGCCUGGACGUGGCCAAGCUGAAGCGGCAGCUCGUUGUGCACAGCCUGAAGUUGGUGAUGGACUUCUCCAAUGAGACUUCCAGCCAGAUCUUUGGGGCCAAGAUCCCCCACCACAUGCUGCUCUUCCUCAACACCUCUGUAGAAGAGCAGCAGGCGCUGCGGGAUGAGUUCCGUGUGGCCGCCAGCACCUUCCGGGGAGAGGUGCUCUUCGUGGUGGUGGAUGUGAAUGGGUACGGUGCCACCGUUCUGUCCUUCUUCGGCCUGACGCCCAGCGAUGCGCCCACACUGCGCUGCAUCAAGAUGGAGAACAACCGCAAGUACCGCAUGGAGGUGGACGCCUUCUCAGCCACGGCCGUGCGUGACUUUGUGCAGGAGGUGCUGGAUGGCAAGGUGAAGCCCCAGCUGCUGAGUGCAGAGCCCCCUGAGGACUGGAACACGCGGCCGGUUAAAGUGCUCGUGGGGAAGACCUUUGAGCAGGUAGCAUUUGAUGAGACCAAGAACGUCUUUGUGAAGUUCUAUGCACCAUGGUGCACCCACUGCCAGGAGAUGGCAGCUGCCUGGGAGGAGCUGGGCGAGCGCUACAAGGACCACGAGGACAUUAUCAUUGCCGAGAUGGAUGCCACGGCCAACGAGCUGGAGAACAUCAGCAUCAGCGGAUACCCAACACUGCAUUACUUCCCUGCUGGGCCGGGCAGGAAGAUGGUCGAAUAUAGGAGCACCAGAGACGUGGAGACCUUCUCCAAGUUCCUGGAAAAUGGAGGGAAGCUGCCGGAGGAGCCACCCACAGUGUCCAAGGCCCCGGAGAACAGCACAGAGUCACCGAGCCCAUCUGGCACAGCCGAAGCCCGGGAGGAGCUGUGAGCCCUGUCCUGCUG